GAACAAUCGACAAUGAAUAGUGCUCGAGUUUCAGAACUUUGAGUACAAAAAGUCGAUUAUUCGAUUAAUCGGACUUACCUAUACCUAAUAGGAGCCUAUUGAUAUGGAUUUAGACGAGGAGCAACUUCAAUGGAAGCUAAGGACCAGAGGCAAAUGUCAUCAUAUUUUCUUUCAGAAACAUUCUUGUUACAAUCAGAUUAUUUGGAACUCAAGCCAAGGGCACGUAGGGGCAAAUGUUUAGGAGCUGCCAUAGAAGCUUUAGAAGAAGUAAUGCGUGACAACGAAUCGUCUACAACAGAGUACUCAUAUAUCGGCAAUGACAUAUGGUUCCAUUUGGCUAACUAUAUUGCACCUGAAGAUGUUCAAAGAUUCGCCAUGAUUUGUACACAAUCAGCUGAAUGCUUAAAAUCAAGACACUUUUGGAUACAGCUGUAUAGGAAGCAUUGUCAAAAAUCCAAAGAUAGAAAUAAGUGGAUAUUACAAUUACCAUCCCAUUUACAAAUGCAUCAGAUAACGCAGUGUGAUAUCAACAUAUUGAGGCAACAAGUUAUUAAGGCGCUAUUCUUCUGUCAUCCUCCGUUUGUUGAUCGCCUUAAAGACAAUUACAAGUUGGAAUCUUUGGUUGGAAAAACAUACCAAUCAUCAUGGCAUCUGACCGUGCAAUGCGUUUGGAUAAUGGUUUACAAAUUUCGGGAUAAUGCUGCUGUCACAAUUAAACAUAAUGCAGAGUCUACAAAGAAUUCAUCAUCAACGAAUAAUGAACAGGUUGAUACAGUUGUCAAUGAUUGGGAAUCUUUAGCCGAAAAUGAAGAACACACUGAGAGGAAUAAUAAUACAAAAACUACGAAGGCAUUAAGUACUGCGCCCUCUUCUGUAGAUAAUUGCAAUGGCCUGAAACUUUUGAUAAUAUGCUGUGAUCGUUUCAUACCAUUUCCGUCUGAUUUUCUUUGUACAAACUCAUCUUCCACAAUACGGUUAAAGGAUACAAGGGAACUGCUGUCUACCGAUAUGAGAUCGACAAAUUUAGAAUUGGAUUUUGUAUCCUUGACAGGAGACCAACGAAUCACAUGGAAAUAUCAGCACAUACAAAAAUAUAAAGUACUGCCGUGGUGGCAUCCAGAUUUUAGUAAAUUCAAUAAAUGUGAAUUGUGACUGAACAUCAAAUAUGUUUUUUUUUGAGUUUUGUUAGGAGUGUAAUAGUUUGGAAUUUAUUUAUAGAAUGCUAAAAAAUAUAUACCUUGUGUAAAUAAUAAAAUACAGCUGGAAUGAACGUAGUCUUAAAAAAAUGAUGAAGGAUGCAGAUCAAUUGCAAAAACUUUCUUCAAUUAUAGCUGAGGCUUGGCGUAGCAUGAGUGGGGAGUUAAAUUCUUUUGUUUUCAUGAAGUGGCUUCCAUGACCAUGGUGUAGUCUCCAUACCAUAGCAAGGAAUUAGUAUGGAGGCUAAUAUCUUAUGAGGGUAUCAACUGACUGCAAAACUCCAACACUGAUAGAAAUUAUGUGGGUAUCAACACAGGGAUUGACUUGUAUUAGGCAUCAUUUAGUCCCAAGGUCUGUCUCCUAGUCAGCACAAAAGAAACUGUACCUAAAAAAAAAAUAUCAGAAAAGUUGAAGAGUUUUAAACAAGCAAUAGUUGUUUUAGGAACUCACUAGUUGGGUCAUUAGGGUGUGGUAUGAUACCAAGAAAACUGACAAGAUUUUUUAGGGAAACCCAAUUUCAUGGUUACUUUGGGAGUAUCGGUCUAAAUGGGCUUCAGAUGACCUCUUUUAAUCAUUAAAAAAUAUGACCCUGAAGCAAAAAACAGUUUCAGUCGAUGCAGCUUUCGCUGUGUUGACCAUCCAUGGCCGAGUAGAACACGGGUCGUAACAAAAAGUUGAUCUGUCGUAGCAGUAGCAGUCGUGCUGCCUUUUUGGUGCUGAGCUAUUUCGUUAAGGCUUAUUUCAUUUUAGUUUCAGCCGUUCACUGCUAUUGUGUCUUAGCUGAAGUAUUUUUAGCAGACAAGACUGAAAAUUUUCGCUGCAAAUGCUAAUUUGCCUUUAGCAUUUUAAACCGUGGUGAUGUACUAUCACCUUGAAAACAUCUUUGACUAGGAAGGUAUGCAUCGGUUAUCUACAUCGAUAUUUUAGAAGCUCUUUUCAAUGUAACCAGGGUAAUACCAGACUAAGGACCUACUUAACUACAAGG